AUGCGCUGGUCUUCUGUCCUCGUCGGCGCUACGUUCGCUGUGGCGCAGGUGUUUGGCGCGACGUUCACGAAUCCCAUUCGUGAUGAGAAUGGGUCGGACCCCUUCAUGGUCUAUCAAGACGGGUACUACUACCUCACCACGACUGAGUGGACGAACGUGCAAAUCACCCGUGCGACGACUAUCGAAGGCUUGAAGACAGGCGAGACCAGCACUGUGUACUCAUCCACGGUCUCGACGCGCUGCUGCAACGUUUGGGCACCGGAGCUCCACUACAUUAGUGGCCGGUGGUACGUCUACUUCACGGCAGGCGACUCGGCGGACACGAACAACCAGUUUAUCAAUGUACUCGAAGGCCCAACCGACAACCCAUGGGGCACGUUCACCUGGAUCGACACUAUUGACAUCCCGAACCACGAAGUCUGGUCGAUCGACGCCACUAUCCUCGUUCUCUCUAGCGGCAACUACCUCGUGUUCUCCUCUUUCCAGGGAAGCCUGCAGAGCCUCUGGAUUGCCGAGAUGACGAGUCCGACGACGGUCGGAGAUGCGUACCUCAUCUCUGAGCCGACGUUGAGCUGGGAGACUGAGGGUGCUGCUGUCAAUGAGGGGCCUGCCGCGUUAUACUACGGCGGCCGUACCUGGAUCUUCUACUCGGCGAGCUAUUGCUGGAACAACUACAAGCUCGGUCGUCUUGAGCUCACAGGCAGCGACCCGCUCAGCGCCUCAUCCUGGACGAAGUACCCUGACCCCGUCUUCGAAGCCGCGAACGGCGACUACGGCCCUGGACACAACUACUUCUUCCUUAGCCCGAGCGGAAACCAGUUCUGGAACGUAUACCACGCAUCUCCUACGUCGACUGUCGCAUGUGAUGGGACGCGCAGGACGUUCGUACAGCAGAUCAGCUUCGAUUCGAACGGCGAGCCUGUGCUGGGCACGCCUGUCGCGCCUGGCGUGGCCAUCAACGAGCCUGUAUAA